UGCACCUCCCCACUCCUCUGUCCUCCUCAAAAGGCUCCCCCCCAAAAAAGAGUCUUUUUUUGAGCGUUGAGAGUCAAGUGAACAAGAAUCCACUGGUGAGGUGAGUGAGCGAGUGAACAAGAAUCCACUGGUGAGGUGAGUGAGCGACUGAGCGAGCGAGCUCUGUGCCACUCUGCUGCGCGCGCCAUGGAGUCCUUCAGCUUCCUCAAGUACCUGCGCGGCGGCGUGGUCGCCGGCACCCAGCGCGCGCCCGUGGCCGCAACGACCAUAGCCGCGUCGGCGUGCGAAGACGGCGGCGGAGGUGGAGCAGGAGCUGGCGGCGGGGACGUGGAGGACGACGCGUCCUUCUUCGACCUGGAGUUCGCGGUGCCCGGCGACGAGAGCGCCGCGUCGGACGCGGAGGAGGAGCGGGUGGAGUUCAACUUCGCCGUGGCCGGCGACGACGUCGCGUCCGGCGGGGGCGAGGUGGUGGCCGUGGACGCGGUGGCCGCGCCGGGUGCCGCUGAGACCGGCGACAACGGGAAGGAGGGCGCGGAGGCGGACACGGCCGAGGCCACGCCGGCUCCGCCGCCGGCGUCGCUGCUCCGUCCGGCGACCAAGUUCCGCGUGCUGCUGCUGAAGCUGAGGAAGCCCAAGGUCGCCGUCCCGGCGGAGGGGAACGGCGGCGCGCCGGCGCCGGCGCCGAAGCCGGCGAGCCGGUUCCUGAUAAAGUUCCGGGUUGACGAGGCGCCGCUUGUGUCGCUGUUCACGCGCGACAACAGCUCGCGCACCUCCGACGCCGGCGCCUGCGCGGACCGGCCCGCGGCGGCGGCGGCGGUCCCGGUGGCACGGCAGCCCCAGGACGCGUCGACGAUCACCGCCGAGGAGCGUCGGUUCGCGAAGGAGGUGGUCCUGAGGUACCUGAGCAAGAUCAAGCCGCUGUACGUGAAGGUCUCCCGGCGGUACGGCGAGCGCCUCCGCUUCGCGGGCGGCGCGAGCGAGGGCGAGGAGACAGACGCCGAGCCCGACCUCCCCGCGCCGUCCCCGUCCCCGUCGCCGUCCCCUUCCCCGGCGCCGUCGUCCCAGCCCCCGGCGGCCGCGGCCCCGGCGGCGCCGCAGCCGGUGGUGGUGGCGUGCGGCGUGCGCGCGCCACGCGCGAGCGUCCCGGCCGGGCUGAAGCAGGUGUGCAAGCGGCUGGGGAAGAGCCGGUCGGCGUCGUCCGCCGUGGCCGCGGCGCCGUCGCCUCCGGCGGCCGGCACCCCACAGCAGGCGCCGCAGCGGCGGGACGACUCGCUGCUGCAGGUGCAGGACGGCAUCCAGAGCGCCAUCGCCCACUGCAAGCUCUCCUUCAACGCGUCCAAAGGGUCGGAGUCGCCGCUGCUGCGGUCCAUGACGGCGGGGGACGGCGGCCGGGCGGCCGACACCAUUGACGGCGGCGACGGCGCGUGAUCCGGCGACACGAGGACUCGAGCAACGGCGACCGCCGUCUAGUAGUGGCAGUAUUAGCGUAGUAGAUGGUGGUAUUAGCCCGAUGAUGAUGGCUUAGGAUUAAACAAAGGCGUGCAUGUGUGUGGUUGUCUCGACGUGGCCGAAAGAUUUUGUCUUUAGGGCCGCGCUGGGCUCCUACUAGCGUGUACCUACAUGCAUGAUCUCGCCGUCAAGUUGGAUGAUAGGAGUACUUGUAGUGUGUGUGGUGUGUGGCUGGUGGUCAGCUGCCGUGGUAUGCAAUGGGAGUGUGUAAAAUAGUGGCCAUCGCCCAUGUGAAGUGAAGUCGCUUUCUACUAGUACAUUGCUCCUCCUUUGUGUC